GCAAUGCUAGAAUGGGCUGUCUUUCUAAGCUCUCUCCUGCUCCUGGCUCUAUGGUCCUAUAAGAAAGGCUUGAGUAGUAGUUUGUCAGAAGCUGUUCCUGCAAAGACCCGGGACGAGCCGGAUGAUUAUACAUUAAUCUGCAAACCCUCUGCCUUGGCCAACUAUCUGGAGAAGAGGUGCAGGUCCUUUGGUGGCUUCUCUAAUGUCAAGUGGCUGUGGAGGACUUUCCCCACCCUGCAGACUCUGGUGGGGGUGCUGGGACCUGUGGACCAAGGAGUUAAUUUCAUCAGGGAGUACCUGCAGCUAAGUGAUGAGGGGCUGGUGGCUCUGGAUUGGGCUGUGAGACCUGGACAACAUCAGAGGAGGAGGAGAGCAUCCAGUAACUCCUCUGUGCCCAUCCUGCUGGUCAUCCCAAAUUCUUUUGGCAAGAUCACUAGGAACACCAGCAAGAUAUGUCACUUGGCCCUGACUCAUGGAUACCAGGCUGUGAUCUUCAAUCGUCGCUGCCAAAAUGGUUGCCCUCUCAGCACUGCCAAGUUGCAGCCUUACGGUGACCCUAAUGAUCUUCGUGAAGCCAUUCGAUAUAUCCGCCAUUGCCAGCCCUCCUCUCGGCUGUUUGCAGCCGGUGAAGGCACCGGGGCAGGACUUCUGCUGUCCUACCUUGGAGAGUGUGGGUCAUCCAGCUACAUCACAGCAGCAGGCUGCAUCUCUCCUCUUUUCCGCCUACAGGACUGGUUUGAAAAUGGGUGUCCAUGGUUGUGGCAAGCUGCUUUACUGCUGUACCAAAAGACAUAUCUAAGCAGAUACGCUACAGCUCUUGGACAGCUUAUAGAUACAGAGAGGCUUUUGAGAAGCCACACACUGAAGGACCUUGAAGAAGCUUUAUUUUGCCAGACCAAGAUUUCUGGUAAUUUGACUUGGGAUUCCUACUGGGAAAGAAAUGAUCCAUUGAGAGACAUUGAUGAAGUGGCCAUCCCAGUCUUAAGCAUCUGCAGCCAGGAUGACCCCAUACGUGGGGACCCCCAGAAUACUGUGCCGUUUGAGUUGUUCGAGACAAACCCCCACUUCUUCUUGCUGAUGAGCCGGUAUGGUGGCCACUGUGGCUUCAUCAAAGAGGACAUGUCCAGCACGAUGUGGAGCCACACUGUUUUACUGGAUUUCUUCAAGUCCACCGUAGACUUUUUUGCCAUGGAAGAACGGCUGAAAGGUCUCUCCAGGAGAAAAGGAACAAUCUCUUCCUCCAUGAACAGGACACUUCAGGGAAGAGCCUCCUGUAGAAAGGAACAAAGCUGUCCACAUAAUAUACAUGAAAUUUAUAACUGGCAGCGCUCCUACACCAGGUGACAGGAGCUAUAGUGCUAAGAAUUAGCGGCAUAACUCUGUAGAUGAAACCUGGGGAAAUAUUAGGCCCAGUAUUUUUAGCAGUGUUUAACAUUUACAUAUUCCACAGAUGAAACUGUUAAUCUAUUAAUAAAUCCACUGAACCUGAAAA